CAACUCAAAUGCCACAAGCUAGCGUGAUGGCAGAAACGGUCUUCACUGGCUUCAUCGGUCCCCUACGGACCGAGGGUAAUGGGAUUUACAUUCUCAGAGGAGCCCUGCGAGAGCCCGCGGACCCUCCCCAGAAGAACGCGAGCUGGAAAAGAAACGUGGACAGCGCGCGACGCCGGGUGGGGACUCGCCUCCCGCGCGGCUACCGAGGUGUCGCGAGAGCCGGGCGGCCUCUUGGCGGCGCCGGAGCGGGCAAGAGCCCCGCGCGUUACGCUGAACAGGCGGUUUGGUGGGCUUGCUUGUGCCAGCCGAGGGCGCCAGCCUUCGGGGCUCGGGGCUGGCCCCCGCCCUCCUGGCAGGCGCGCCUAUGGCGUUUCUAAGGUGACGCUGCGCGCACCGACUUCAUCUGGCGGCGGAGAAAACACGUAUGAACCCUCCGGUGACCCUCCUCGCCGGGCGCCAGGUGAGCGGCCGCCGCUUCUGCCGGUGCGUCCGGGUGCGAGCGGACCCCAGACGUCGGGAACGACGUGCAUUUGGGCCGAACUUGCGUGGUUUAACAUCGGGUCAGAAGUUGAGAUUUCCACUGUUGAGAGACAGCGGAAAGAGCUGCAGCUGCUCAUUGGAGAACUGAAAGAUCGAGAUAAAGAGCUCAAUGAUAUGGUUGCAGUACAUCAGAGACAACUUCUUUCAUGGGAAGAAGAUCGACAGAAAGUGCUGACUUUGGAAGAACGUUGCAGCAAAUUAGAAGGUGAACUUCAUAAAAGAACUGAAAUAAUCAGGUCACUCACAAAGAAGGUAAAAACUCUUGAAUCUAAUCAAAUUGAAUGCCAAACGGCUCUUCACAAGACUCAGCUGCAGCUUCAGGAAAUGGCUCAAAAGGCAACUCAUUCCUCUCUCCUCUCUGAAGACCUUGAGGCUAGAAACGAAAAUCUCAGCAGCACGUUAAUGGAACUUUCUGCUCAGGUAGGACAGUUGCAAGCUCGAGAACAGUCCCUCACUACAAUGAUAAAGCUAAAGGACAAAGAUAUUAUUGAGGCAGUCAAUCACAUUGCAGACUGUUCAGGUAAAUUUAAGUUGUUGGAGCAUGCCUUGCAUGAUGCUAAGAUGGUGGAGACUUGUAUUGUGAAAGAAAAGCAAGAUUAUAAGCAGAAAUUGAAGGCAUUUAAGAUUGAAAUCAAUAAACUAAAAGAGGACCUAAAUGAAAAAACAACAGAAAAUAAUGAACAACAAGAAGAGAUCGUUCGCCUCAAGCAAGAGAAAAGUUGCCUGCAUGAUGAAUUGCUUUUUACUGCAGAGAGAGAAAAAAGGAAAGAUGAAUUACUGGAUAUCGCAAAGUCAAAGCAAGAACGUACAAACACAGAACUGCAUAAUCUGAGACAGAUUUAUGUAAAACAACAGAGUGAUCUACAGUUUCUUAAUUUCAAUGUGGUAGAAAAUUCUCAGGAAUUAAUACAGAUACAUGACUCAAAGAUGGAGGAAUCGAAGGCUCUGGGAUCCAGCAGAGACUUGUGUUUAUCAGACCUUGAAAAUAACUACCCAAAAGUCGAUAUUAAGAGGGAGAAAAAUCAGAAGUCACUGGUUAAGGACCAAAAAUUUGAGACCACGUUGGUUCAGCAAAGUAGGUCAGACGAGAGCUCUUGUGAUAUGUGCAAAGAGAAGAAACUACAGGUCAAUACUUCAUUUGGGGGAAAAAGUGUAAUUGCUGUUUCAUCUCUAUUUGCAAAAGACUUAGUGGAGAAACAAAAGUCUUGGACUCUGGGAGGAAAAAUCCAGACUGAACUCGAAAACCAAAGUACAUUGUGCAAGAUCAAUGCAAAAUCACCACAAGGUAAUAGAAUUGGGAUUCAGAAUGAAGAGAAACAAUUCUCAGAAAUAACAUCUUUAUCGGAUGAAAAACAGUGGCAUGACGUCAAUGUUUACUUGGGCCUGGCCAACUGUUCUGGUUUAAAACAACCAGAAAAGCUGGAUUUUGAAUGUCAAGAUCACAUGGAAAGAUCUGGAGCCUCAUGUUCUCAUAGAAAUGAAGCCUGUCUAGGUGAAAGUGACAUGUAUGAAUCCAAGUGCUGCCAUCCAAGUAACUUCAUAAUUGAAGCCCCAGGCCACAUGUCUGACAUGGAGUGGAUGAGUAUUUUCAAGCCUUCUAAAGUGCAAAGAAUUGUUCGCCACAAAUCCGUAUGCACUUGUUCAGAAAGUGGCAGUGGAACAAAAUAUAACUCUUCAGCAAGUGAGCUGGUUGCCAUCCAGCACUCCCACUGUUUGGGUUCUUCAGAAUCUGCC